GGCAGUCCUACUAAUCCGUAUCUUCUUAAUCCCCCAUUUUCAAAUUUGAAAAACAACUGUCAUUUUCGCUCCCGCUGUGUAAAGUGUGAACCCAUAGUCUUUAGUCUUUAAUCUUUUUGGCGGGAAAAUUGUCCAUUGUGAGAUCUGAACUAAACAGCUUCUUCGAGAAAUGGAUGGAGAAGGAGGAGGCAGUGAAGAAAGCGAGGCAGUAUUCGAAUCCUUGAAUGUAAACCCUCAACUCUUCAUCAACGAAACCCUAAACACCGUUGACGACUUGGUCGACGACGCUUUCCUCUUCUUUCAAAAACAAGCUUCAACUUUGUUGAACACCGACACCAACAACGAUAGAUCCCAAGAUCUAACCCAGGGUAUUGCUAGGGUACGCAAAAUAGUUCAGUCGGUUUUGGAUAAGCGGCUUGCUAUGUGGGAGAAGUACUGUCUUCGCCACUGUUUUGGUGUUCCUCCAGGCUUUUCUUUACCCAAAACUGAUGAAUCAAGUGGCAAUGGUCUGAUGGGUCAAGAGGCACUCUGCGAUCCAGAUCUGGAUGCACAGUUGGAGAACUUGAGGAACAAGCUCACUGCGGUUGGGAAGGAGUCUGCUGUGCUGAACCGUGAGCUCCAAGCUUUUAAAAGGCAGUCUACUUCCAGUAAUCAUUGUGUUGGGGUUGUCAAUGAGGCAUUGCAAUUAUAUGAGCAGAACUCUAUGCAUGACCUGUUCCAGGAGAUGGAGAGAACUGCAUCAGAACUCCGUACCCGAAUGGUAAAGUUGAAGACCAGAGGGAAGGAAGAGACUGAAAAUACUAAAACGGGGAGGAUUUACAAUCCCAACAGAGAUUUGUCUAAGAUUGAUAGCAAGGGCUUCUCUAAUGCAAGUUUGGAAGAAAUUCAGGAAUUUUUAGAUGAAAUGAAGAGCUUGUGAGCAGUUUGUGUUCCAUGAGUCUUGGAUUAGGAGUAUGGUUGUUGUGGCUAAACUUUAGUAUAUUGUUCCCAUGCUAUCAAUUGAAUCUACUUUGUGAUUGUUGUAAUUAGCAUUAUGGUUUUGUUGUAGUCAUCUAUGACAUGAAAGUAAAUGACAUACAUUAAUUUUCUGAUUGUCAAUGUUAAUGAUAAAGCAAUCUUUGGACAUUAAA